UUUUAUAACAAUCAUCUUGUACUUUAGCGGUCAGCUCAGUUUAAUUUGAGUCAGUCAUGUCCUUAGCUUUUAUUCCUGAUUAUAUUUUCAAUUUCUGAGUUUCUUUAACCGAUGCAUAUGAACAAUUGUUUCUGCUUUUCGAGGCCGUAUUUUGACCAAGGCAAGCGAGAAAGUGGGAAGCCAUUUUUUGAGAGAGACGAAAUUGGGAAUAGGAGACAUUGUAAAUGCACGUAGCCGUUGACAUUGUGAUAUGCGUACCGGUGCGGAGCCGAGUCGAAAUUGUGGUGGAUUAUUGGCAUGAAAUGUCAUAAUUUUCAUUGGUUUCAUGUGAAAUUCAGCCCCAAAACAACUCUGAUUACGUUUCACACAUCAUGGAUAGCAAUUCCUCAGCAGAAGAGGAUAACUCAAGUGCUGAUGAAAAUGCUUCUCCGCAGCAUGAUAGUAGCGAUGAAGUGAACCACUCUGGUUCUGCCUCUGAAUCUGAAGAGCAUUCAGAGGCAGAGGCUGUCAGCCAUUCGGAGGCACAUUCUGCCUCUGGUUCAGACAAUAAUAUGGAGGAGGAGGAGGAAGAGGAAGAAGAGGAGGAGGAAGAAGGGGAUGUUGACGAGGAUGAUGAUGAUCAAGAGGAGCAAGAAGAAGAGGAAGAGGAAGAAGGAGAUGGGGAGGAGGAAGAUGAAGAUGAUGAGGAGAAUCAAGAUGAAGACGAGGAGGAGGAAGAAGAGGAUGAAGAUGGUGAAGCAGAAGAUGAGGAAGGUAGCAAUGAGGAAGGAUCAGAUGAUUCAGAAUCUGAACAUAAGAAAUCUGGACGUCGACUAAGUAGAAAAGAUAGCAUGGAAGAAUUGAAAAUGAUGUGGGAGGAGAAUCCAGAUAUGUAUGGUGUUCGACGAUCGGCAAGGUCACGGAAAGAAGUGGACAGAUUUCAAGUUAUCAAGCAAGCAUCAGAUGAAGAAGAGGAGAAACCAUCUAAGCGACGAAGAAGUGCAAGCACCUCUAGCCGAGGAAGAGGAAGACCCAGUAAGAGGUUAAGUGAUACUUCCGAUAAUGAUUCUGAGGAGGAAAGUGAAGAAUCUGACUUCCAACCUGCAAACAAGAAGACUAGCACAAUGAGAAAGAAAAGGCCGAUAAAGAAAAAGGGAAGACAAAAUUCCACAUCAAAGAAACCUGUCAAACACAAGCAUAAAAGCCUUUCAAGCGAUGAUGAUUCGGACAGUGAGGACAUCAAAAGGGCAGCAUCAAGGCGCAAAGCAGCUGCUGGUGUGAGCUAUAAAGAGGACAGUGACCAAGCCACAGAUUCAGAUGAGAUCAUUGAAGCAGGGCCUGGUCAAGAACCAGUAGAUGACAACAGUGAGAUGAUAGAAAGAGUGCUGUGUCAACGUAUUGGCAGAGUAGGAAAAACUGGAGGCAUUACCACGGUGUAUGCUGUGGAAACCGACGGUGAUCCUAAUGCGGACAUUGACGUUGACAAGGAGGAGACAGAGAAGCAUUACCUGAUCAAAUGGAAGUCAUGGGCCCACAUUCACAAUACCUGGGAGUCUGAGGCGGGGCUGAGACAACAGAAGGUCAGAGGGAUGAAGAAGUUGGAGAACUUUAUUCAAAGAGAAGAAGAGAUUGAGCAGUGGAAACGUAUUGCAACUCCAGAAGACAUAGAAUACUUUGAAUGUCAAUAUGAAAUGACCAUGCAACUCUUUGAACAAUGCCAGAAAGUCGAGAGAGUCAUAGCUCACACAAACCAGAAACAACCCGGUGACUACCAGUCGGGUUAUCCAGACUACUUUGUAAAAUGGCAGGGUUUACCCUAUGCCGACUGUACAUGGGAGGAUGGAGAACUCAUCUCAAGGGACUUCCAGGAUUGCAUAGACGACUACACAAUACGCAGCAAGUCACAGAAGAUACCUGCCAAGAGUGCCAAGGUGCUAAAAAGUCGACCACGGUUUGUUGCUCUCAAGAAGCAGCCUUCAUACAUAGGCACAGAGGAACUUGAGCUUAGGGACUACCAGUUAGAUGGUCUCAACUGGCUUGCACACUCAUGGUGCAAGAGAAAUAGCGUGAUUCUUGCCGAUGAGAUGGGAUUAGGAAAGACCAUCCAAGUCAUCUCAUUCCUUUCAUACCUCUUCAAUGCCCAACAACUCUAUGGUCCAUUCCUGAUCGUCGUCCCGCUUUCCACCAUGACGUCAUGGCAGAGGGAGUUCGAAGCGUGGGAUAGUAAGAUGAACGUUGUGGUCUACAUUGGAGACAUCAACAGCAGAAAUAUUAUUCGAGAAUAUGAGUGGUGUGUGAAUGGAAACAAGAACAAGCUCAAGCUCAAUGCAAUCCUUACAACUUAUGAAAUUCUACUUAAAGACAAAGCAUUCCUUGGAGCCGUGCCUUGGGCUGUGUUGGUCGUUGACGAAGCUCACAGGCUGAAGAAUGAUGAUUCACUGCUCUACAAGUCACUCAAAGAGUUUGAGACCAACCACAGACUUCUCAUCACAGGGACACCUCUACAGAACUCACUCAAGGAACUCUGGUCCUUACUUCAUUUCAUCAUGCCAGACAGCUUUCCAAACUGGGAGACCUUCGAGGAGGAGUUCUCCCAAGCAGAUAAGAAUGGCUAUGCCAGCCUCCACCAGGAGCUGGAGCCGUUCUUGCUGAGGAGAGUCAAGAAAGACGUGGAGAAAUCCCUCCCUGCCAAGGUAGAGAGGAUCUUGAGAGUUGAGAUGAGCUCUUUACAGAAACAGUACUACAAGUUCAUCUUGACGCGGAACUUCAAAGCUCUUAGUAAGGGUUUGAAGGGGAAUACCAGCUCCUUCAUCAAUAUCAUGAUGGAACUAAAGAAAUGUUGCAAUCACUCGUUACUCAUCAGACCUCCAGAAGAUGAAUCAGACCCAGACCUCAAGUACAUAAUUCGAGGCAGUGGUAAGUUGGUGUUGUUAGACAAGCUUCUGACCAGACUGCAGGAGAGAGGUCAUCGAGUGCUGAUCUUCUCUCAGAUGGUCCGUAUGCUGGACAUCCUUUCAGAAUACCUUCAGUACAGACACUUCCAACAUCAGAGAUUGGAUGGAUCAAUAAGAGGCGAGAUCAGAAAGCAAGCUCUGGAUCACUUUAAUGCAGAAGGUUCACAGGAUUUCUGUUUCUUAUUAUCAACGAGAGCGGGAGGUCUUGGCUUGAACCUUGCUUCAGCAGACACUGUCAUCAUCUUUGACUCUGACUGGAAUCCACAAAACGACAUCCAAGCCAUGGCCAGGGCACAUAGAAUAGGACAGAGGAAACAGGUAAACAUCUACAGAUUGGUAACAAAGGAUACAGUUGAAGAAGAGAUAAUAGAGAGGGCAAAGAGAAAGAUGGUGUUAGAUCACUUGGUUAUACAGAGGAUGGACACGACUGGCAGGACGGUCUUAUCGAAAUCAUCUUCUCAAGCAAGUAGAGAUGCUCCAUUCUCGAAGGAAGAACUGACAGCAAUCCUCAAGUUCAGGGCUGAAGAACUCUUCAAGGAACCAGACGGAGAGGAAUCAGAAUUACCGGAGAUGGAUAUUGAUGCAAUCCUGGAGAGAGCAGAGACAAGAGAACAAGAAGAGCCUGGUGGAGCAGGAGAAGAACUUCUCUCCCAGUUCAAGGUGGCGAACUUUGCUGCAACAGAGGAACAUGAAGAGGACCAGGGUAAGGACUGGGAAGACAUCAUUCCUGCAUCAGAGAGGAGUAAGAUGGAAGAAGAGGAGAAACAGAAAGAAGAAAUGGCACUCUACUUACCACCUAGAAUAAGAAAACAAGUCAAUAGGAUGACGUAUCAUGACAGUGAUUCCGAAGCGUCUUUCAGUAGAAAGCGGAAGCGGGAUAUGGUGUCCAGUGCAAGCAGUGAUUCAGAUGACAGCGACAAUGACAACCGCAAGUCUAAGAGACCGAGGGGUAGGCCUAGGACAGUACCAAGGGAUACUGUGAUGGGUUUCUCUGAUAGUGAUAUCAGAAGAUUUGUCAAGAGUUACAAGAAGUUUGGAGCACCACUUACAAGGUUAGAGGCAAUAGCAGGAGAUGCAGAGCUUCAAGAGAAGUCCCAAGCAGAUCUGAAGAGGUUAGGUACCUUACUGCAUGACAGCUGUGUCAAGGCAGUAGAAGAAUACAAUGAAAGGCUCAAGGCUGACAAUGAUUUUGAUGGGAAGAAACGAGGUGCUACAUUCAAGCUUUCCAACGUGACAAUCAACGCGCCUUCAGUGCUAAAACAUGAAGAGGAGAAUGAACCUCUUGCCUCCAUACCUGCCAGUAAAGAGAAGAGAAAAAAAUUUCAGCUGCAUUCCAGAUUACGUAUUGUCCAUUGGGACGUGGAGUGGGACGAGGAUGAUGAUCACAACCUCCUUAUCGGGAUCUACGAGUAUGGAUUGGGUAGCUGGGAAGCCAUUAAGAUGGACCCCUCUCUCAACCUACACGACAAGAUCUUGUUAGCAGACCCGACCAAAAAACCCCAAGCCAAACAGUUACAGACCAGAGCGGAGAACCUGAUCAAGGUGCUUAAGAAAGAAACUACAGCUAGCAAAGCAGCUGAAAAGAUUUCACAAAAUGCCAGACCAAGGAAAGGGACCAAAGUGAAAGAGGAAACGGAGGAGAAACCAAAGCCUGGCAGAAGGAAAAAAGCCGAAAACAAAGACAAUGGCGAAAUCACUAACAAAAAUGACACUGAUAAGGGGCCAAAGAAGAGGGGCCGCAAGCCUCUGGACGAAAAGGAGAAGGAGAGAAGAAAAAAGGAGAGGGAGAAGGAGAAGGAAAAAGGCAAGGAGAAUAAAAGGGAACCAAAGAAGAGGCAAGAUAGGAAGACAAAGAAGGAGAAAGAAGAAGUGAAGGAUGAAAUUGAAUCAGAGGAGGAGGAGGUGGAGUCGGAGAAGGAGGAUGAUGAUGAAGAGAGGGAGAUCGAGGAGGGAGAAAUUGAAGAACCAAAGAAGAGCAAAGGUGGAAACAAGAAAGCAGCUGCCAAAAGAAAUCUCCAGAUAAUGCAAACACCUGUAGUCUUCAAUCCAACCGGAGAACUUGAUGAUAACACUUUCAGUUCUUGUAAGGAGAGGAUGAGACCAGUGAAGAGGGCUCUGAAACUGUUGGACAAUCCUCCAGAAGAUGUGUCGGAGAGAGAGCAACUCAACCACACUAGGCAAUGCCUCCUGAAGAUUGGUGAUCGCAUCAAUGAAUGCAUCCAAGAGUUCAAUGACCCUGACAAAAUCCAAGAAUGGAAAGGAGACCUGUGGACUUUUGUGGCAAUGUUCACAGAGUUUGAUGCCAAGAAGCUCUACCGAUUAUAUCGCCAUGCCCAUAAAAAGAGGGAGGAGGAUGAGGCAAAAUCACACAAUUCUGCUCCCUCCAAAAAGCGACAGGCUGAUGGAGGCAUACAGCGAGGUCGAGAUGGGGCUCCUCAUCACCAAGGAGGAGGACCAGGGAAUGUCAGAAGACCACAUACGGCCGGUGACGCUCAUAGCGACAGAGGAAGAGACAGUUUUGGUCAGCAACGGCACGGUUUUAAUGACUGGUCCCAAGAACGGAGGGGGCCAGUCGAUGGUCAUGGUAGAGAGCAUUACCGAGACAGGUAUGGGUCCAGUGAUGGAGGAGGGGGUUACAAUCGCCAGCACUUUGACAACCACAGGUUUAGUGGAACGUACCAUCCAGGUGCUGGGGGUGACAGCAGGUAUUCAAGGGACAGAGAGGAUUCACAUGGAAGAUAUGACCACAAAUGGGAGCACUCGUCCCAGGGGCCCAAUCACAAUAGACAUUACCACCGAGGAGGGGAUGAACACCGCCGUCACAACGACAAGCCAGACGGCAACGCCCACGAGGAUCAGCCGCCCCACUUCCAGAGGUCAACAUCGGCUGAGUCUAAGAAGAGGAAGAUGGAGCAUCGGGUGGACCGGGGAGGGAGUGACCCCCACCAUCGGAGGGAGUCGGGAAGGGGGGACAUGUGGUCUAGUGGUGAUCACGCCAGGUAACAGAUGGGGAUAAGGGGCUGGGUCAGCCGGCCUCGGUCUAUGUAGUGUACAAACAGUAGAAAUCAUACUCAGAAAAUAAAAUCUAUUUGCAGGAUAGACUAUCUCACUUGUCUGGUUGUUUUUUUUUUUAAGGAUAGGACCUCUUCGUGUUGUACAGGCCUGAAUGUAAUCUACGACAGAAGACAUUUGUACAGAUAGUGUUUAUCUAAUAAUUGUUGAAGAUCUGUCAUUCAAGAUUUAUGGAUAUUGUAUUUUGCAAAGCCAUACUUGGCCAGCUUUUCCCCAAGCGUGAUUGAGUGACAAUCUGCUGAGCAUCAUGUAACUUGUUUCCAAUCUCCUGAUGAAGACUCGUUGAUGGUAAACUUCAUUAGAACAUUAUUUUUUUAUCAGUUACGAAAAAUGGCUGUUAGUGCUGAAAUACUUUGCAAUCUGAUUUUAAAAGUUGUUUGUUGAAUUUUAAUAACAUUCUGCAAUGGUAUUUCAUUCAGUACAUGUAAGCUGAGAGAGAAACAGCAAUAUUACAUAACAUUUGUUUAUCAUCAAAGUAAAAUAGAGUAUAUGUGUUGAAAGACAUGUGUUUAGGUGGUAACUUGAAAAGAUGAAAUAGUGCAAGGAAAGAGAAGAAUGUUAUGUGUCUCUGGGCCCUUUUUUUUAUCAAACUUGUUAUUAAUCAAAGUGAUGAAGCAUUAAAGCUUGUGCUACAUGCUUCUGAAAUAAUACCAUAUGCUUGACUUACAAGUAAUUUUUCGUACUGUACUAGCAGUUUAUUUUUGCUGUUUUGCUUGCCUGUAUAUAGGCUCCACUUACCUACUGCAGUGGUAUUUACAUCAACACGUUAAAUCUUGAAAUUUUUAAAUAAAAGUUUCUAUUUAAAAGAUCAAAAUUCAAUUCUAUGAAACAUGCACAUAUAAGAGUUCUCAAUUGCCAUCAAUCAUUUGACUACAAUUCCUUGUCAAUGAAUUUGAAUAGUACUUCACUGUUAUGUUAAUUUUCCCUAAUUGCAUUAACCGUUUUCAAAUUGAUUAAAGACAUGGUUUAUCAAAUGUUGAAAUCAUUUAACAUUUUCAAGUCAAGAAUGCAUUCCACUUGUGGUAAUAACAAGUUUGAUAAAAGAGUCCCUGACUAUUGGGAUGUUGCAAAAACUUGCAAUUACUUGCCAUUGAUCGCAAGUCAAUUUCAGAUCUCAAAGUCAAUUGAAAGUCAUACAUUUCAUUGGAAAUUUGUAACUGAUUGAUUGUCUGCUUCCUGCAUUAAGAAGUAUGAAAUGAUUUGCUUUAGUUUAAAUUGAUCUACCACUUGUAAAUUUGCUCUGAAAUUUGCGAUCGAUUGCAAAUAUUUUCUUGCAACACCCCCUAUGUGUAGUGUGAAUGAAGGUCCUUCUUUUAAUACUUGCCAUGUACUAGCCCCCUAAUGCCUUUGACUGCAGAAUCUUAAAAUCUCAUUUUAUGAAGAUCAUCUAUGAAUGUUAUCCUGAUAUUCUGGGAUAAACCAUUAAUAACAAUGCCCCUUUGUUUUGCAUUUGCGAGUCUUUAUCAUAGCCCUUCCUUGUAGAAGUUUGCCAUUAUUUUGCCGAUUGAGUUAUAGAUGAAAUUAGAGGUCUAGCUUCAACUUUGAUGGUUCUAAGCUUUUCUAUUUCAUUGAAUACUAAAUAUUUUUUUACCAUUUUUUGGAAAGUACUCUUCCAUACUCUAAAGGCACAAUAUCUGUUAUUGUUGAGCAAUGUUAUUGAGAGACGAUAAAACUAAAUUAAGAUGCACAAGUCCUACUUAAUUAGUACAGUAUCUAUCACUAACGUAGCAGCAAAUAAGAUUGUAGUUUUAGUUAGGUAGAGAAUUCUACUUAAUGAAAAUAGCGAUGCACUUUAUGCCUCUGCUAACCCUGGGUGGUUGCCAUAGGUAGGUGGUAUUGCUGGGUCUUCGGGUUGGUCUGUAUGUGCAUUAAAGUAAAGAACUAUUUCACAGAUAAACUUCAAACUUUGGAUUAAAAGUCAAAGGUUACAGAACCCAAUUAUGGAAAAUGUUAGAAGUUAGGUCUAACAUUUGUCAGAUCUGGCUAUGGUGAGGCUUAAAUUUUGACUGCAUCCAGUCAGCAAUCCAUCUAUAUAGUAACUGUUAGUUUAAAUUAAAGUUUUUUAAAAUUGAAAUAGAGGUGCUAUUACAAGUCAUGCGAUUCCUUG